GGAAACUGGGUGCUAGCAGCAGUAAUGGAAGAUGGUGGAAGGAAUCAUGGAUAUAAGAAAGGUCUAUGGACAGCAGAGGAGGACAUAAUUCUAACCGAGUAUAUCAAAGUCCAUGGAAAAGGCAAGUGGAAUCGAGUCACCAAAGUUACAGGAUUGAAGAGGUGCGGGAAAAGCUGCAGAUUGAGGUGGAUGAACUAUCUGAGCCCCACCGUGAAGCGCGGCGACUUCUCUGAGGAAGAAAACGAUCUCAUCAUUCGCCUCCAUAACCUCCUCGGAAACAGGUGGUCUCUGAUAGCCGGACGGGUUCCGGGAAGAACCGACAACCAAGUAAAGAACCACUGGAAUUCUCAUUUGAGUAAGAAGCUCGGUGUAAAAAGCAAAGCCAAGAAUAGAAGUAGAAGAAGUCAUAGCAGUAGUACUACUACCUCAGACCAACAAGCAAGUCCAAAAGAAAAGUUCAACACUGCAGAGCUACAGCAGCAGCCACUACCUGAUGAUUCGAAUGGCGGUGGUUAUGGUGAAGCAGCAGCACAGGGCGGCCAUGGAUGUGAUGAUGAUCAUGAGCAGGAGAUGAUGAUAAUCAGCAGAGAUAGUGAUGUUGAGUUCAGUGGGAUGUGGGAGACGAUGAUGAUGGGUAGCAAUAACGAUUAUGAUCACCAGGGCUCGUUUUGGUUAUACAAUAAUAAUGAGGAUGACCUUAAUCUCUCCAACCCUAAUUAUUUUAUGGACCCUAGUUUAGAUCAUCACCAUCUUCAUGAUUAUUCUUUUGAGUUUCUUGAGGACAUCGGCUUCUAG